CUAAGACGUUGUCGAAUGGUACGUCCCCAUGACAACCAGAUGAUCGGCCUACCAAUUCCAUGUUCGGUUGCGCCUUUAGUUUUCAGAAAUGGCGGAACUUGGUUUGAAUGAUCAUCAUCAGAAUGAAGUAAUUAAUUAUAUACGUUUUGCUAGGUCUAAAAGGGCUCUGCGACUUAAAACGAUUGACUCUUGCUUCCAGGAUCUCAAGGAUAGUAGGCUUGUGGAGGAGACUUUUACUGUUGAUGAGGUUUCUGAUAUGCUUCACGGGCUGCAAGCUGUGGUACAUAGUGAAAUGGAAUUGGAGCUAAUUAACACAGCCCAUACAAAUGUAUUACUACUUCGCCAGCUUUUCACUCAAGCGGAAAAGUGGUAUCUGAAGCUACAGACUGACAUUUCUGAACUGGAAAACAGGGAAUUGUUGCAACAAGUUGCUGAGUUUGAAAAAGCAGAAUUUACAUCCAGCAAAAAGUCAAAUACAGAGCUUAUUAAACCUAAACUUGCCCCGCUUUGUGAAGGUGGAUCAUCAGAGUUGCUUAAUAGGGAAAUUGCAAGACUCAGUGAAGAAAAUGAAAAAUUGAAGGCACGUUUAAAAACAGUUGAGGCUCAGGCAACCAGUGCUUUAGAUGAAAAGACAAGAUUUGAGCGUGCAAUGAAAGACUUGCAGAAAAUUCAGGAUGCACAUAAGGAGAAACAGGGCAUGCAAGAGGUUGAAACUUUGGAGAAAACAUUGGCUGACCUUAAAACUGAAUUUGAAAAGACAUUGGAUGAGCGUAAAUCUAACCAAAAAUGCAUGGAGGAAAAUCUAAUUAGAUCAAAACAUGAUCUUCUCAAGGUCCAGGAACAACUUUCUUUAGCUGAAAAGGAACUAGAAAUGAAAUUUCAGCAGACAACUGCUUAUCGCAAUAUGAAAGAUAUUCUGAAUAAGAAAAAUGAUCUGAUAAAGGAUUUGCGAAAGAAACUUUUAAAGUAUGAACCAGAUGACUGAGAUAUGAAAAAUUAGUUGGAGUAAACGAGGAAUAUCAACUUUUUGUAGCACAAUAAUAUGUAUUAAAUUAUCUUAUUUGUUUAUUUUAUUGUGUAGUGCAUUUAAAUGUUUCAGUUCAGGGCUGUGUGUUGAGAAAACAUUGUAUUUUUAUGCUCUUCAUAAAGAUCACAUAGCUUCAACAUGUCCUUGGCUUUGGGUAAUUGAACAACAAAAACUUAGGUCAAUAAUAAAGAAAUGGUAUAAGAAGUA